AUGUUCGACUUUGAAAAACUAAUAAGCGAAGUUCAGUCAAGGCCUUGUUUAUGGGAUAUUGGCUCAAACGAUUACCACGACAAGCCAAUGAAAAUGUUGGCAUGGAAUUCUGUGGCUGCCGCUAUGUAUCCGAAUUGGGAAGAACUUUCAACGGCUCAAAAAGAGGAAAAAGGUAACAUAUAUUUAAUUAAUGUGAAUAAAAACAAAUUACAGUAA